AUGACUCCUACACAAACAACCGUCAUAUACGGCUUACCAUCUCAGCUAUGCCAACUUUUAUCGAGUUCCCUUUCAGGCAGAUCGCUCCAUUUGGUGGUGGACGGAGUAUCGUCAAAUACCAUAGGCAUCAAUUCUGGUAUUCCACAAGGAUCAAUUUUGAUCGGCUUGGACAUGAGCCCCUAUGCAGCUGAAGACAUCGUACCAUGUCCUUACAAUCUUAACGCUAUCUCAAACCACAGCGGUACCACCUACAGCGGGCACUACACAUCCUACUGCAUCAGACAUGUUUAUACGAAAAUUUGGCACGAGUACAAUGGUUCCCUGGUUUCUUCAAUUUCGUCGAAUUCUCUCGUUAGUGGGGAUGCUUAUAUUCUUUUUUACCAACAAGAGGCUCACCGCAAAUACGAACAACGUGAUGGUGACUCUGUGAAGAGCUACUGCUCCGUAGCUGAUCCCGAUAGCACCCUUCGUACUGUCCACUAUUCCGCUGAUAACUACGGCAUGUACAACACAGUCGUGGAAAAGCAUGAAACUCUAGUUCACCCAGCUCCAGCUGCACACUCUGCCCCAGUAGAGAAUCUUUACUCUGCCCCAGAACAGAAUGUAUUCUCUGCCCCAGUACAGAAGGUAUAUUCUGCCCCACUUGCACAUGCUUGCUCCAGCAAAUUAGAUGAAAGAUCAGAAGUAUUUGGCACUGAUUCGUACACAGAUUAUUCUGACAACAAUGGAUUCAAGGAGGAUUCAGAAGAUGAAAAGGGCUCUAGAUCAAUUCCCUUGGACAUGUCAGUGGAGGAGAAUUCAACGCCUCGUAAGGAUUUAACUUCCCAAAGAUUCAUGCCACUGGAAAAAUUGUAA